AUGGAGUCCUCUAACCGGCAAUUCCUCCAAGACCGGAUCGAGGAAAUCGAAGCCAUGAACCUCACCACUGAAGAAGAAAAACUGGAAAAGAUGCGCCCCUACUGGCGCAGUAAUUUAGGAAUCAAGGGCGAGGAUACCUGGAAUCAUUGCGCCCCGGUAGGCCCAGUCCGGCAAUCUCGCGAGGAGAGAAAUGUCACUCGGUUGGCGGACGUUAAAACGCUAUACCACCAGUAUAUGGAUGGCAUCCAACCCCCAACGCUGGUUUCAGAGGAGUGGCGUCAGAUGUAUCUGGAGACUGUCCAAAGCGUGUGCAAUGAGGCGGCCUUUGGCGAUGAGGAGGACGAGAAGUUCGAAAUCCCGCUCUGCCACGAGCUGGGUUCCUUUAUCAAGCAUCGCCCCUUUCGGACCACUAUCUGA